UCAAUCGUCUUUCUCCCUCUCUCAAUCUCCUGUAUCCUUCUCAUAUCUCUCCUUCCCUAUCUACUUUCUCCUCUGUCUGUCUGUCUCAACCGUCUUUCUCCCUCUCUCAGUCUCCUGUAUCCUUCUCAUAUCUCUCCUUCUCUAUCUACUUUCUCCUCUGUCUGUCUCCUGUAUCCUUCUUAUAUCUCUCCUUCCCUAUCUACUUUCUCCUCUGUCUGUCUCAAUCGUCUUUCUCCCUCUCUGUCUCCUGUAUCCUUCUCAUAUCUCUCCUUCUCUAUCUACUUUCUCCUCUGUCUGUCUGUCUCAACCGUCUUUCUCCCUCUCUCAAUCUCCUGUAUCCUUCUCAUAUCUCUCCUUCCCUAUCUACUUUCUCCUCUGUCUGUCUCAAUCGUCUUUCUCCCUCUCUCAAUCUCCUGUAUCCUCAUAUCUCUCCUUCUCUAUCUACUUUCUCCUCUGUCUGUCUGUCUCAAUCGUCUUUCUCCCUCUCAAUCUCCUGUAUCCUUCUCAUAUCUCUCCUUCCCUAUCUACUUUCUCCUCUGUCUGUCUGUCUCAACCGUCUGUCUCCUGUAUCCUUCUCAUAUCUCUCCUUCUCUAUCUACUUUCUCCUCUGUCUGUCUGUCUCAAUCGUCUUUCUCCCUCUCUCAAUCUCCUGUAUCCUUCUCAUAUCUCUCCUUCUCUAUCUACUUUCUCCUCUGUCUGUCUGUCUCAAUCGUCUUUCUCCCUCUCUCAAUCUCCUGUAUCCUUCUCAUAUCUCUCCUUCCCUAUCUACUUUCUCCUCUGUCUGUCUGUCUCAACCGUCUGUCUCCCUCUCUGUCUCCUGUAUCCUUCUCAUAUCUCUCCUUCCCUAUCUACUUUCUCCUCUGUCUGUCUGUCUCAACCGUCUGUCUCCCUCUCUGUCUCCUGUAUCCUUCUCAUAUCUCUCCUUCCCCAUCUACUUUCUCCUUAUCUGUCUGUCUGUCUCUUUGCUUCUCUGUUCCAUCUUCAUCGGUUCAUCUAAUCUGUCUUUCUCUCUCAUCUUGUUUAAUUCGUACUUCACUCUCUUACUUUUGUCUCUUCUCUGCCACUGUCCUUUUGUUUUUGCUGUUUUCUCUUCCCUCUGUUGACUUUGUCUGUUCUAUCUUUCUCACUCUUAUAUUAGUUCUGUCUUCCUCUGCACUGCUUUUUGCUCUGUCAUUAGUUUCUGUCUCCUCUCUUCAGUCGUCUUUCCUUUUCCUGUUUCACUGUUUGUGGACUUUAUCCUUCCUUCCUUCGCUGUCUUCUUUCCCUACACUGUAUCUUCCUCUCCCUCUUUUCCCUUAACUCCUUAAUUCCCUCUCUCUGUUCUGAGUUAUGGGGAAGACAGAGUUGUACUCUGUGUAUAAGAGCUUCCUGGACUGUCUCUGCCUCGCUCGGAGCAGCAGUGAGGGGCCAGGGAAGAACGAGAAGGCCCCUGAUGAUGGUCACCUGGUCUACCAGAAUGGAGACGUUCUACAAGAGAGAUUCUUUAAUUGCACAUGUAGCUCUGAAGAUCAUUAAGAACAUGGAGAAGUACAGACAAGCUGCUCAACUGGAGAUCAAUGUCCUGGAGAAAAUCAACGAGAAAGACCCACACAACAAACAUCAAUGUGUUCAGAUGCUGGACUGGUUUGACUACCAUGGUCAUGUGUGUAUCUCCAUGGAGCUGCUAGCCCUCAGCACUUUUGACUUCCUGAAGGAGAACAACUUCCUGCCGUACUGUAUGGAUCACAUCCGCCAGAUGGCCUACCAGAUCUGCCUCGCUGUCAACUUUCUCCAUAUCAACAAGCUGACCCACACUGACCUCAAACCUGAGAACAUCCUGUUUGUCAACUCUGACUACACCAUCACUUACAACGCUGAGAAGAAGCGGGAUGAGAGGAGAGUGAAGGAUACAACAGUAAGGCUGGUGGAUUUUGGCAGUGCCACGUUUGAGCACGAACACCACAGCACCAUCAUAUCUACACGCCACUACCGUGGUUCUGAAGUUAUUCUGGAGCUGGGCUGGAGUCAUCCGUGUGAUGUCUGGAGUAUCGGCUGCAUCCUGUUUGAGUACUACUACUAUAGGGCUUCACCCUAUAUCAGACCCAUGACAACCAGGAGCACCUGGCCAUGAUGGAGAGAGUACAGGGACCUCUCCCCUCUACGAUGAUCUGCAAGACCAGAGAUACCGGUUAUCAGAAGCUAAGGAGCAUCAUCAGUUCUUUGACCUGUUGGAGAAGAUGCUGGAGUACGAGCCCUCCAAACGCCUCUCUCUCUCUCUCCUCCGCCCUCCGCCACCCCAUCUACCUACCACUCCGUAGGGGCAGCAAGGCCUGGGAGAGCACGCGGAACAUCUGCCGAUGACCCCUGACCUUUAACCCUUGACAUGGAUGCGAGGAAGGACAGCCCAACCAUGCCAUACAACGUGCCAUUGUAAUGUGUCAGGAAGUCGUGCUUUGUGACAAAUUGGUGUCCGGAAUCCCUGUGUAUUAUGAGGGAAAUAGGCUAAUCUGACCUCAGUGUCUGGGGCAAAUGUAUCAUUCUCCACCUUUAACAUAAAAAAUGGAAUGGAGAGAGUCUGUCACUUCUCUUCAGGGUUUGAUUCAGUGGAGGCUGCAGAGGGGAGGACAGGCUCAUAAUAAUGGCUGGAACGGAGUGAAUGGAAUGGCAUCAAACCAGGUGUUUGAUGUAUUUGAUAUCAUUCUACUCAUUUUGCUCCAUCCCUCCUCCCCUCAUUUUGCUCCUCCCUAAUUAUGGUGCAACCAAUCUCCUGUGGUUUGAUUGGCAGUGUCCUUAUGCUGAUUAACAUGCAUUAUGUAUGUAGAGCACACUGUUUUAACUUCAGCAUAACAUUACACACACACACACUCUCUCUAUCUAUUACAGUUUUAUUUUUGUAACGACGCUGUAACUGGAGAUAGUUGUUGACACUUUUGUUUAUGAGUUGUAUAAACUGUUUAUUAAUCUAUAAUAAUGACCUCUUCUACUGUUGCAUUUGCACAGAUGGGCUCAUUGCUCCCUACAACACGCACGCACACACACACACACACACACACACACACACAUUUAUUUUUGUAACACUAACUGGAAAUAUUGGUGGAAUGACUUGAAUAAAUGGUUUAUUUAUGGUGCUAUAAUAAUAUGAACCCUUCUACUGAUAUAUAUCCUACUAGCUGAAUCACACAGACUCCAACACACCACCCUGUGCUCCAUUUGGACCCUGGCCUCAGAAUUUGAUUUAUUGCAAGCUUAGU